CGACCGAGCAGUGACGUACACGCCCGAUAGAGUUGUUCUAGUCCAUGGGAGCGUCUUGACUUGCCUUUAAUACUGUUUUGUUGAAUUUUCUCGCCGAACAGUCAAGAUUCUCGCUUAAGUUACAUUUCUAUCUUCUCCUGAGGUCAGUGUAAAUACAAACCGUUUCUACACAAAAUGCGUGAAUAUAAACUCGUUGUACUUGGUUCUGGUGGRGUGGGGAAAAGUGCAUUGACUGUACAGUUUGUUCAAGGAAUAUUUGUGGAAAAAUAUGAUCCUACUAUCGAAGAUUCGUACCGAAAGCAAGUUGAGGUAGAUGGACAACAAUGUAUGUUGGAAAUUCUCGAUACUGCUGGAACGGAACAAUUUACAGCAAUGCGUGACUUAUACAUGAAGAAUGGCCAAGGUUUUGUAUUAGUCUACUCAAUAACAGCACAGUCAACAUUUAAUGACCUUCAUGAUCUAAGGGAACAAAUCUUAAGAGUUAAAGACACAGAUGAUGUACCUAUGGUGCUGGUAGGAAACAAGUGUGAUUUAGAAGAUGAACGAGUUGUAGGGAAAGACCAGGGUCAGAAUUUAGCAAAACAAUUUUCUAACUGCACAUUUUUGGAAACAUCUGCAAAAUUAAAAAUCAAUGUCAAUGAGAUAUUCUAUGACUUGGUGAGACAAAUAAAUCGCAAAACUCCAGAGACCAAGAAUAAGAAAAAAAAACGAGGUUGUGUUCUGCUAUAAAUUGAUUUUUAUUUGAUGUUGCAUGUGUUUUAUGCUGAUUUAUGGUAUAAACACUUGGAAUGUUGCUACAGUCACUGCUCGCCAAUGGUUUCAAAUGUAUGCUAUCAUAGCUCUAUAUUCUCAGUUUAACCAUUUCUUUAGUAAUACAAUAUCUUGUUUAUAGUACCACAACUUUAGCUUGCGCACAAUUUGAAAACAUGGUUGAUGUGCCUGUUAAGUGUUCACUUGGAAUACCUACAUGUAUGCAUCUUGGCCUUGUGGUAUAUAACUCAAUGUGAUGUUAAGAAAUUAAUAGAAUCACUUGAAUCUAUUGUUUGUGUAAUGUUGAGAUUUCCUGCAGUAUUUAUUUGUGUACUUUCACUAUAUUAGUGUAAGUACAUUAUAAAUGUUCAAGUUGACAAAAAGAAAAACACUUAACAGUGUGCAUAAUAAUCACGAAGUCAUCAAUAGCUACAGUUAUCACAAAUAUGUAAUUCAAAGUGUUAAUAUACCUAUAGCUUCUAUAACUGCAUAAGACUAUUAAAUGUAGUUUAUAAAUACAUCAAAAGAGGUUUUGUUUCGGCAAGAUACAGUAGAUAGAUAUUUUCAAAUGUUGAAUAAAAUGAUUUUCAGAUUUUGUAAUUUUGAAACAAGCUCUACAAUGCAAUAUUAUCAUAUUGAAUACAAAAUGUUUAGCAUGACUCAUUACUUACUGUUUUCAAUGUACAAUGCAUGCUAUUGCACAAUGAAAUAAACACAUUUGAAUUCAAAGYCAAAAGCUAAACUUACAAAAACUUUCAUUUAAGCAAGGCUAAUCAUUGAUUUGRAUAUCAUAAUAAUUAUGCUGAAUAACAACUUUAGGAUGAUUAUAAGCAACAUUUGAUUUCAUAUAAUACAUACAAAGUUGCCUYCAGAUCCUUUUUGUUGUAAAGUAGCAUUAUUUGCAGUAAUCUUGGUGUAGAUAUAGGAAAAAGUGGAUAUUUUUAUGAUGACAAAAUUUGCUUGAUGAAAAGAAAUAGAAAUUGAAGUAAACUAAUGUUUUGAUGUAAAAUUAUUUUGAUUGUGCCUAAAUUUUCAUAUGGAUAGCAUAUUAUUUUUGUGUCAGUAGCUUUUCUCCCUGUUUAUUGCAAUGCUUUUUUCCUUUUGUGAAAAGUACAAAUCAAUGUUCAGUGUGUGUGUAAAUCUACAUGUUGUAUCAACCAUUUGUGAUGGCAAAGCUUUCUGAUGCAGCAUCGUCUCAUAGUAGACUCAUUUCUUAAGUCACAGUAUCCACUCAGUUUUUAGCUGAACAAUGUUUGAAAUGAUAUUAAUAAUCAAAUAGAAAUAGACAUACUGAUUUGUGGAAUUUUGAAGUCUAAAUAAUUUAGUAACAAUGUCACAUUUUAUAAAUUAUGAAAUAUGAAUGUUUUGUGUGCCAAUUUACUUCAUCUCUUUGUAUAUUGUGUGAUGAGAAAUAAAAGAAUUAAUUUAUUGGUUCA